AUGCGACUCAGCUUUCCCGGCGUGGCUGUUGUCACUGGGGCAGGAUCAGGGAUUGGCCAAGCAACAGCGAGACUUUUUGCCAAGGAAGGGUGCAGACGCAUUGCUAUCGGCGACAUCAAAAAACAUCCAAUCGAGGAGUUAAAAGCCGAAAUUGAAGAAAAGUACUCUUCCACGAAAGUAGCAGCUUUUGAGCUUGAUAUUGGAUCAGAGGAAUCGGUGAAUUCCAUGAUGCUAGCAGUAUCCCGCGAGCUUGGGCGCAUAGACUACGCUUGCAAUGCCGCAGGAAUUCUACUUCCUGGUCCGACAGACGAAGUAUCGGUUGCUUCUUUUGACCUUCAGCAGCGCGUGAAUCUGAGGGGAACGUGGCUCUGCCAAAGAGCCCAGAUCAAGCAGAUGCUUCAGCAAGACCAUAUCAAAGCAGAGGAUAGUAACUUUCCGGCUAGAGGAUCAAUCGCCAACGUCGCUUCUAUGUGCGCCUUGAUGGCCUAUGACCAUCUUCCUGCUUACACAGCUAGUAAGCACGCUAUCCUGGGAUUCACGAGGUCCGAUGGCCUUCGCUAUGCAAAGUAUGGCAUUCGGGUAAACGCCAUCUGUCCUGGUGUUAUUAGAACACCCAUUCUUAGUGAUGUCCCUGAUAAAGAUAUGGGUGUUGAUGUCCAGGGGAUGGUGAGUGGCAUGGCGGCCGGAAGACUUGGAACUCCUCAGGAGGUUGCGGAGUGUCUCGUUUGGGUCACAAGCGGCAGAGCAAGCUUCGUGACUGCUAGCACUAUCGCUCCGAAUGGAGGUACGUUGCAUGAGGUGAAAUAA